AAAGUGGUGAAUGAGAAACACUAUAAAAACCUCUCAAACAUUUUGGCAAAAACAUGCACCGCACAGAGUAAGCUUGAGACUCUCUCUGAUCGGAGCACAACCACUUUCCGACUCACCGGAAUUCACACCAUUUCAUAAAACCAAAAUUUCUCAAUCCUCUUCAUUCAUCUCUGAUUCUUGGUGUGAGUAUUUAUUGUCAAAUACUCACUCCUUGUUGACAUCGCUCUGGUGUUAUGCGUAUAAGGAAGGACCGGAGAAAACAAAGCAGCUAGUCAUGGAAUGCAACAAAGAUGCUGCCUUAAGGGCUAAAGAGAUCGCAGAGAAGAAGAUUUUAGAAAAGAAGUUUGUUGCUGCAAGUAAACUUGCAGAGAAGGCUCAAACCUUGUAUCCCAACAUUGAUGGCCUCCCUCAAUUGAUAGCAACCAUUAAGGUGUAUGUCGCUUCUCUAACAACAGUAGGCGAAGAAUUAGAUUGGUAUGCGAUCCUCGGUGCACAACGCGUGGAUGAUGAUGAAAAGAUUCGGAAAUGUUAUAAGAACAUGGCUCUUACUCUGCACCCUGAUAAAAACAAGUCAGUAGGUGCGGAGGGCGCAUUUAAUCUUGUCUCACAGGCUUGGACUAUAUUAUCUGAUAAAGCUAAGAGAGCCACCUUUGAUAAAAAGUAUCGGUUGUGGGAUUUGUUUAACGAUAUCCCUGGUGGGGUACCUCCUAUACUUGCUAGUCGAUACGGUUUGUCGAAUGCCGCUAACCCUGCUAGGAGACCUCCUGUACCUGCUAGUCAGAACGGUUUUUCUAAUAACGCUAACCCUGCUGGGAUACCUCCUAUACCCGCUAAUCAGAACGGUUUGUCUAAUGCAGCUAACCCUGCUGGGAGACCUCCUGUACCCGCUAAUCAGAACGGUUUGUCUAAUACCACUAACCCUGCUGGGAGACCUCCUGUACCUGCUAGUCAGAAUGGUUUCUUUAAUGCUGCAAACCAGAAGGACAGAGAUCAUAUGAGUGCUGCUCAUACCAAUCCUACUUCAAGACCCCCCUUAAAAACACCGACAUUUUGGACCUUGUGCAGUUUAUGCAGGACACAUUACGAGUACCCUGCUGUCUAUAAAGACUGCAAUCUUUCCUGCACCACCUGCAAAAAGCCAUUUUUAGCUUCUGAGGUACCACCCCCAUCUGUAUACACAAAUGCUUCAUCCGCUUCAAGACCUUCUCAGAUGAUGCAACACAAUUUCAACUCAACUGGAGUGGAUAGAAACUGUCAUGUUUCAAGUAUGACACAGAUGUCUGCUGUCAACUCAUUGGUUGGUUCAAUGCCUGGUGGCAUUUCUGGUGGAGCUCUUGGUUCUUUUACGAGGCCAUCUGUGAAUUUGAAGAGAAAGUAUGAAGAUUCGGCACCUGUCAUGAGGGAGGAGGUGCAUUUUGGGAAAACUCAUGCUGUUGAGAGAACUGCUGCUGGUUCAGAUUUUCAGUCUUGUCAGAAAAAAAGGUGCACAGGUGAACAUAAAGUUGAUAGUGAUAGAAGAGACAUGGAAACUGAGAUGACAUCAAAAAAAGGAAUAAAUUCGACCAAUGGGUUUGGGUCUCUGAAGAAUAGUUUUGAUGCUGGAAAGGUUAGUGCUGCCGGAAAUUUCAGACGAAAUGGUAUUAGGGACAUAUCUCAGCAGCAAAUGAAGAACAUCUUGGCGGGAAAGGCCCGAAAUGUGAUUCUUAAGAAGCUUGAUGAGUUGAAGGAGAGUCGUAGAAAGCUCGAUGAGUGGAAGGCGAUUCGUAAAAAGGUUGAUGAACGGCAUCCGUCUUCUAUACUAAAGAAUACUGAUUCAGAAGUCAGAGUGAAGGACACAGUUAAGGCUAUUAAUGGUGUGAAGCCUGGUCCAAAAGCAAUUGUUGAUUCUGAGACCAACAACAACUCUAUCUCUGCUGAUUCAGAGGUGCUUGGAGUCUCCAUGGAUGUUCCAGACCCAGAUUUCCAUGAUUUUGAUGGGGACCGGGUUGAGGACACUUUUGGUGAGAAUCAGGUGUGGGCUGCUUAUGAUGAUGAGGAUGGCAUGCCGCGCUACUACGCAUUUAUCCACAGUGUGGUCUCGAAGAAGCCAUUCCAAAUGAAAAUAAGCUGGCUGAGUUCCAAAACCAAUGAUGAAUUGGCACCGAUAAGGUGGAUUGCAGCUGGCUUUCCAAAGACCACGGGGGAUCUCCGACUAGGCAAGCGUGCAAUCUCUAGCACUCUCAAUUCUUUCUCGCACAAGGUUGAGUGGACAAAAGGUUCAAGGGGACUUAUCCAUAUAUAUCCAAAGAAAGGUGAAGUUUGGGCUCUAUAUCGGAACUGGUCCCUGGAUUGGGAUGAACUCACUAAAGACCAAAUCAUACAUCAGUAUGACAUGGUGGAAGUGCUUGGAGACUACAAUGAAGAGCACGGUGUGAAUGUUGCUCCACUUUUCAAGGUUGCAGGUUUCAGGACAGUAUUCCGCAAGAAUGCUGAUCCGAGAAAAAUCAGAAACAUUCCGAGGGCAGAAAUGUUUCGUUUUUCACACAAAGUACCUUCAUACUUGCUUACUGGACAAGAAGGUGACAAUGUUCCUAAAGGUUGCUUGGAGCUGGAUCCUGCUUCUACACCUAUGGAACUUCUUCAGUUGAUCACCGAUGAUGCUCCAAAGCAAGAAGAUUCUGCUGAAGAUGUUCCGAGACAGGAGGUGGCUGAAGCACAGGAAGGGAAGGUAUGGCCUGAGAAUUUGCAUGUAUAUAAGCGGAUGCGUUUUGGGGGAAAGAGCAAAUAGUCAACAAAAACAUAACUUUUGUUGUUUUUGCUGUAAAUUUGCAAUCAUACAAUUUUGGUUUAGGUGCUUACAUCUGUAGGGCUCUUUGAAAUGCCAAUGAAUGCUCAGCAUUUUUUUAUUCAUCUUCUAUAUGGCUGCACUAACUCCAACACUCAUAUGCUCAAUGAUUUUGUUUAUUAUUCGAUUAUUUGUUAA